AACAAUAACAGAAAGCCGAGGUGUAAGGUUUCAUGUGCGCCGUUGAUGAGGUCAUCCAGGAGAUGACUGACUGGAAAGGUGAUUGUGCAAGUCACUGAAUCGUUGGGCAUAUUAUCAGAGCAGAAAUCAUGUGGCUUACUAAUCAUCGUUACCGCAAAAUAUCUGCGGCGUGCGCGCGUCUGGCUGGGAGCCGAAGUGGGCCGGACGUUUUGGCAAACAUGAAGUUUUGAAGCUGGAUGUCCGUUCAGGUGAGCCCCACGGAACCCACGUCACUUCCCAGGGAAGUCGGAGAGGUUCCCAUCAGGGGUGGGAGAGCGCAGCUCAUUUUCUCCGGCGGUGGAGCAGGAGGCUGACCGGCGGAGGCGCAGCGCGGCUUUGGACCCUGAGAGCCGAACUCUGGCGCUGAGAGGCGGAGAUAGCGCUCGGAGCCAUGCGUAAAACCAGUCUCCGCUGACGGCUUUUGGCGAUCAACCGCUCACCGGGAGUUUAUAGGCAUCCAGGAUGGCCUGAAGUCUUCCUUUUUUAACUUUAAUCAUAGUUGUUUGUCUUCUCUGGGAAGUUUUUUUUUCCCCUGCUGAUUUUUAGAGGAGGCGAAGAGCUCGCAGCUGUAGGUUUAUUCUCUCUGUCCGGGUCGAAGAGGAGAUGAUCGCUCAGGAUGGGACUGUGCCUCGGUACCGAAGAUACAGAGGAGAAGACGGCGAGAGUACGCAGCGCCAAGAUAGACAGAGAGCUGUACGAGUCCGCAAAGCGGGAGAUGAAUGUGGUUAAAAUCCUCAUACUAGGCGCAGCAGAGAGUGGGAAAAGCACUUUGGUCAAACAGAUGAAAAUCAUCCACAGCAAUGGCUUCACCAAGCAGGAGUUGAGCAGCUUCAAGCCGGCGGUGCUGGAUAACCUCCUGACUUCCAUGAAGUUUGUCCUCCAUGGAAUGGGCGUCCUCCGUAUCAACCUGGCUAACAACAGGAAUAAGGUCCACGCCCAUUCGGUCCUGUCGUGCGGGCGGUGUUUCGACGAAGAGCACGUGCCGCUUCCCUUCCUGAGCCACGCCCUGUCCUGCCUGUGGGCCGACCAGGGGGUGAGGGCCGCGGCCGCCCGGGGCUACGAGUACGAGCUGAACGACUCCGCGCUGUAUUUCUUUGAAAACAUGAGCCGCAUCACGUCUCCAGACUACGUGCCCACGGAGACAGACGUCCUCCGAGUGCGACUGAGGACGACGGGCGUGAUAGAGACCCAGUUUAAAGUCAACCACCUCAUUUUCAGGAUGUUUGACGUCGGAGGUCAGAGGACCGAACGCAGGAAGUGGAUCGGCUGCUUCGAGGACGUGCGAGCCGUGCUGUUUGUCGUGGCGCUCAGCGGAUACGACAUGGCUCUGGUGGAAGACCCCUCAAUGAACCGCCUUCAGGAGAGCAUGAACCUCUUCUCCUCCAUCUGCAAUAACGUCUUCUUCCGCACAACGUCCAUGAUCUUAUUCAUGAACAAGAUCGACCUUUUCGAAGACAAGAUUUCACACACGGGCCGACAUCUGCGGUUAUAUUGGCCAAAGUUUAAAGGUGCUGACUACGAUGUGGAUUCGGCCGCACGCUUCAUCGUGGCGACUUUCGUCUCGCUCAGCAAGUCGCCCAAGAAGCUCAUCUACCACCACUUCACCACGGCGACCGACACCUCCAACAUCCAGGUGGUCUUCCAGGUGGUGAUGGAGACGAUCAUCAAAGAGAACUUGGAGGCCGUGUCCCUCCUGUAGCAGGCAGCGGCGCUGUGGACCCGGCCUCGGCGAGGCGGCAUUUAAAAAGGCCGAAACGAACCAAAACAAAGAGUUUGUUGUCUGUUAAUAUUUAACCGACUAUAACACAAAGCCGGGCUCUGAGCCUUUUUUCGGAAAAGCUCACAAAGCACAUGGGCUGCGACCGAAGCACAACAGAGAGGAUUUACUGUUUGUCCCGUUAACUUCCUCCGCGCAGGGUUCAGCCAUGCAUACCGCCAUGUGAUUUUCCCCUCAUCCAUCAACGUGUCCCCAGCGCCGUGCGUCACAACGCCCUAAUGAGCCGCUCGUCGCCAUAUAGCAGCUCACCAGUUUUGUGUUCGCCCCCAACAUCCCAGACACAGCAGGCAUCUUAAUCUGUGCCAUUAACUGUCCCACUGACUAAUAUCAGCCAGCGACGACACUGCGGAGCUUAUUAGGAGCCAAACGUUGUACAUUAAAAAGCAUCCCGAGGCGUCUGACUUGGGUUUAAUUUCCCUGCUUUCCACCUGUGAUGGUUAUUGUUUCAGGGUCUGACACGUGUACUCAUAAACUGUGAUUUGUCACGGAAAAAUGCCGCCUCCUGCGUGUGCGAUCUGUGGCAUUGUCUGUUCCCGGAGUUUGUUUUUUUGAAGGGUCCCCCCUGAGCGAUCGACGCUGGCAAGACGCUCCAGUAAUAAACAAGAUACGGCGACGAAUGGUGCCGUCUGAAGCUGAAAGACGUUCUCAAGUGAACUGGUGAUAAUAUGUGUUUUAAUCUGAGAAUAUUUCGUCUUUUUGUGUUGUGUGCUACUUUUUUUUUUUUUUUUUUUCCAUGUUGGGCAUUCCGAACAAAAUUAAUGUGACGCGCUGGACAUGUUUUCCUCUCCUCUCUGACGACAGUGAAGAAGAUAAAAUGUUUUGUGGUUUUUAAAACACAUUCAGACAAC